AUGGAAAACUACACGAAUGGUGCAUCGGCCGCUCCGCCCGAGAAUCUAAGAAACUAUGCUUUCAUGAUGAAUUAUGGCUACAAUCCAUGGAUGGGAUCUUGGCUUCACAGCACCGUACAAACCCAAUAUGACCCAGCUGCUAUCGAACAACAUGAAAACAACAUUGUGGCGAAUAAUAGUGUUGCUAGCAGUCUGAGCAGCAAUAGCAGUACUGGUAGGUGGAAUAACAUAAAAUUAAAAUUUUUUUUUAUUUUUUAGUUUUAAAAUUUCGAAAAAUUUUAAAAAAUUCCAAAGGUUUUGUUUUUUUUUUAACUUUUUUGAGUUAAUUUUACCGGUUUUAAUGUUUUUUUUAAAUCAAAUAUGCCAAAUUUACCCUUAAAAUCCUCUUGUUAAGCUUAAAAGUUCAAACAAGCUUUAUAAACUUCGAAAUGCCAUAACUUAUUAAAAUCACACUUAAAAAGUUACAUUUAGAUAGCGUAUUUUACACUCAGUUUUUCUAUGUAAUUUAAUUUUUACUGAAUCAAUCAUUUUAUCAUCAAAAAAAGGCUUUUUUCAUCUUGAGUUUUGGUCGAAGUUGGUAACGUUUAAAUUGUCAUAACUUUUUUACUUGACAAUGAAAAUUUGCAAAAUUUUUGGUAAAGAUGCCUUAUUUUAUUGUUAAUUUUUAUAAUUUUAUUUAUUUUAAAAAAUGUCAAUUUUAAUACCUAAAAUGAAGGCUUUUCACUCAUACUGGGCACUCCUUACUCUAAACUAAAAAAACUUUCGAAACUUCAAAAUGCCAUAACUUUUUAAACUCUAUCUUAAUUUUUUUUAAAUUUAGCGUAAAGGUACUCUAUUUUAUACUGAACGCGUCACCUACUUAUAUUUUUAAAAAAGUUUAUUUUAUACUUAAAAUGAAGUUUCUUUCUCUUAUAUUAGGCACUACCCAAAAGUUUAAAAAAAACUUUCGAACUUUAAAGUGACAUAAAUUUUUAAACUUUAAUUUGAAUUAUUUAAAACUUUGCAUAAAGGUACUAUAUUUUAUACCAAAUUGUGCCAUUAAAGUCAACCUUCACAAUAACAGGCGGUUUACACCUAUAACGAAGUUUUUUUUUCACUAAUAUUAAGCCAUACCCACCCUAAACCUUAACAUUUCAUAACUUUCUAACCUCAAUUUCAAACUUUUCAUAAUUUUGUACAAAAAUACAACAUCAUGUUCUAAAUCUUUCUAUCAACUUCAAUUUUUACAAAAUCAAUCAUUUUAUACCUAAAAUGAAGUUUUUUUACUAACACCCCAAUUUCAGUGCUUUUGGAAAACCCUGCGGCCUCGCAAAACUCUCCGCCGCUAAUUAAACCUCCAAUAGACUUGUCGAACUUGAGUUUGAAUUCAGGUACACCAUCUUCAUUGUACAACAACUAUUUGAAUCCGGAAAUUAAUUGUGAGUUUCGAAAAUUUAAAAAUUUAAAAAAUUUUGAAAUUUGAAAAAAAUGCCAUUUUAUAUGAGGUAGGGUAAUUUUUUGGGUGGAUAUGUUAUUUUGGGUAACAAAUUAGUGUAGAAAUGUAAAAAAUUUGUGUUUGACUAAAAAAAUACAGUAUACUGAUAAGAAAAUAACCGUUUAUCUGGGUUACUGUAACUGAAUUACUGUAAUUUUUCAAAAUUUUUUUAAAAAAUUGUGUCAUUGACCCUACUACAAUACAAAAAAAGUUUAGUCAAUCGAAAAAACAUCUGACAGUGUAUAAAAUACGAAUCCAGGCAUGUAAAUGACGUAAUACAUCCGCUUACAUACCUGAAAUGGCCUAAUCGCUUAGAAUAACAGGGACAGGUGUCAAAUUAGGGGGUUCAGGCUAGGAUUUUCAUCGAAUGUUACGCAACUUGCACAACUAUUGUCAGGAUUAGGGGCUAAUAUCAUUUUGUAAAGGGGGGGGGUGAAAAUGUCAUUUAAAAAAAUUUUUUUUUAAUUUAAAAUUUUUAAAAAUUUUGAAAAUUCUAGCCUUGUUUAACCAAACAAUAAACCAAGUACCCCUACUAGCUUCGGCUUUGCCUAUUGAAGCAGCUCCGAGCACGUCCGCGCCCAGCAGAAUGAUCCAAACUCGUACUCGCACUGCACCACCAAGUCGUCCAUCCACAGCACGAGCUUGCGAAUGUCCUAACUGCCGCACCCUUCAACGUCAAGGUAAGUUUUCCUACCCUAUCCUACCUUUUCUUACCCUGCCCGACCUUUUAUUACCUGCCCGACCUUGUCUUACCCUGCCCGACCUUUUCUUACCCUACCUUACCCUACAUUAGUUUCAACCUAUCCUAAAGUAUUUUGUGCUAUUUUUAACUAUAAAACUUUUAACUAUGACAUUUCAGGCAAUCCCAACAUAAAAAACGAAAAACACAAUUGUCACAUACCCGGCUGUCACAAAGUCUAUGCCCGAAGCUCGCAUCUGAAAGCCCAUUUACGUUGGCACACCAGCUCUCGCCCGCCCGUGCGCCGAAUGGCCAACGAAAAGUAUUGA